GCCGAGCUCCUUCCCUCUUCCUGGGUUUGACUUGCCCUUCCUUCUUAAGUGUUUCUCCUCUGAGGCAGAAGAAGCCCAUGGGCAUUCUGGAAUGAUAGCAUGUACCCAAAGAAAUAGGAAGCAGCAGCUUUGAAGCCUGAGCAACGGACCUCGGCAACCCCAAUCCAACUUGGCUUAACUCAGCCUCACUGAUCCAAAUCCAACACUCUUGGCUCCAGGGGCUUGCGACAGCUCCCUAAUCCUUAGAAUCUUCUUCAAUUCCUCUAGAAUGCUGCGUCAGGCACUUCGCAGGUUUGGUCAAAAGCUGGUAAGCAGACGUCCACUGGAGAAAGAAGUGUAUGAGUUUGAAAUUGACAAAAAACUAAGGACUCUGGAUUUAGUGGCCCUGGGUGUGGGCCGCACAGUGGGUGUCGGUGUGUACUUCCUGGCUAAUGAGGUGGCCGGUAACCAAGCAGGACCAUCCAUUGUGAUCUGCUUUUUGGUGGCAGGUCUAACAUCACUGUUGGCUGGGCUGUGCUAUGCCGAGUUUAGUGUCCGGAUUCCCCAUUCUGGCUCUGCAUAUCUCUACAGCUACGUCACUGUAGGUGAACUCUGGGCUUUCGUCACUGGCUGGAAUCUCAUCCUCUCCAUUGUUGCUGAUGCAUUCAUUGUGGUACAGGCCUGGAUCUUAACUUUUGACAUCGUCGUUGGGAACCGGAUCUCUGAGACUCAGCAAGAGACCAUCUCACAGUAUGUUCCCCAAGUCACUGCAGAAAAUCUACGCUACUUUUUUGUCAUCUUUUUGGUUUUGUUCAUGGAACUGCAAUCUAUGAGUUGGAGUAGGUUCGUCAUAGUUUUCAAAGUGUUCACAUUGGUGAAGGUUUUGGUUCUCAGCUUUUUCAUCAUCUCAGGCUUCAUUAAGGGUGAUCUGCACAACUGGAAACUCACAGAAGAGGACUACAUACAGGCUGGACUCAAUGGCACCUCUAGCUUGGGUCCUCUGGGCUCUGGAGGAUUUGUCCCUUUUGGCUUUGAGGGCAUUCUCCGUGGAUCAGCUACCUGUUCCUAUGCAUUUAUAGGUUUCGGCAUUAUUGUUACCAGAGUCAAAGGAUCACACAAUCCCCAGUGUUCCAUCCCCAUGGGCAUUGUGAUUUCACAGCUAUUCUGCUUUUUGCUGUAUUUUGGUGUCUCUGCAGCACUUACACUCAUGGUUCCUUAUUACCAGCUUCAACCUGGUAGCACCUUGCCUGAGGUAUUUCUCCAUAUUGGCUGGGUCCCUGCCUACUAUGUUGUAGCUUUUGCAAUUUUCUGUAGUAUUCUUGACAACACCUAUUUGGGCUUUAUAUUCCCUAUAUAUCGGAUGAUACGCAUGAUGGCAGAGGACAACAUCUUGUUCCCUUUUCUUGCCAGGAUCCAUACUGAAUCAUAUGCCCAUAUCAUAUCCACUGUGAUCUUUGGCAUUAUUGCAACAAUCAUGGUAUUCUUCUUUGGACUCACUGAUAUUCUGGAGUUCACGUCAAUUGGGGCCUUGAUAACUUAUUCCCUGGUAGUUCUUUGUGUUCUCAUCAUCAGGUAUCAGCCUGAUAGGAGGAAGGAGGAAAAUGAACUAGAAGUGCAGGAAUAGAAUGGGGAAAUUGAAUUAAAAGUACAGGAAGAGAAUGAGGAAAAUGAAACAGAGGUGCAAUAGGAGAAUGGGGGAAAUGAAAUACAGGUGCAGGAGGAAACUGCACCUGCAGCAGAGAAGCUGACUCUAAGGAGACUAUUUUUUCCAGGCAGCCCCACCCCCACUCCACUCUCUGGCCGGGUUGUCUAUGUUUGCUCUUCACUUCUUGCUCUGCUGCUGACUCUCCUCUGCCUGGUGCUGGCCCACUGGCCAAGUCUGCUUUCUGGAGACCCAGUGCCAAUCACCAUGGUUGUGCUGCUCCUUGUGCUCAUUACUGGGAUCACUGGGGUCAUCUGGAGACAGCGACAGAGCUCCACUCCCCUUCAAUUUAAGGUCCCUGCUCUGCCUCUCCUCCCACUCUUCAUCUUUGUGAAUGUUUGCCUUAUGAUACAGAUGGCAGCUGCCACCUGGGCCUUUUUUGGUGUCUGGAUGCUGAUUGGGGUUGCUCUCUACUUUGGCAAUGGGAUCCAGCAAAGCCUGGUCACUUGAUCCCACUUAAAGGCCCAAACUGUAGACUCAGCAGUGAACUCAGAAGUACCAGUACAUAUUUGGCUUGACAUCAUCACCAGUGAAUGCAGACUGGCUCCCCUACACAAUAAUGGGGAGUACUCUUGAGCACAUGGAAAGCUAGGGCUCCUAUGAGAUAUUGGUGGGGGAACACUAACAGAGCUUUGUGUUUACAGUACAGUAAAGGAUGUGUCUUUGCU